AUGUCCUUCUCUUCAAGAUCAAUGAAGAACUUCAACAAGAAACUUCGCUCAAGGAUCUUAUCAACCCUCAUCAAUGGCAAAAUCCACCUUCCUCACUUCAUCUCUCAUUUCAUUGUCUUCCUCUGUGGCUUAGCCUUCGGCAUUGCAAUUCCUUCUUGGCAUUCCAAAUCCAUUUCUUUAAACUUUCAACUCAACCCAUCUUUGAACCAAACGCAGACCCUUCCAUCUCCACAUAAGCUUUUACCUUUGGAAAUGCUGCUGCUUAAUCGAACCAGUAAUUCAACCGGUUGGAAAAAUUUGUUUAAACCGCCAACCAGUGUUUAUCACGACAUGGAAGAAGAAGAGCUGUUAUGGAGAGCAUCAAUGGUUCCUAAUGUUGGAAAUUCUACGUUGCCUCGUGCUAAAAAAGUUGCGUUUCUGUUCUUGACACAUGGGCCUUUGCCUUUGGCUCCUUUCUGGGAUUUGUUCUUUAAAGGCUAUGAAGAUCUUUACUCAGUUUAUGUGCAUUCGAAUCCUUUGUUUAAAGGCACAGUGCCCUCCAACUCUGUGUUCUAUGGCAGGAUGAUCCCAAGAAGUAAGGUGGUGCAAUGGGGAACGUUUUCAGUAGUAGAAGCAGAGCGUCUCUUAUUAGCAAAUGCAUUACUUGACGUAUCCAACCAACGCUUUGUUCUCCUUUCAGAUUCAUGCAUUCCUCUGUUCAACUUCUCCACAAUCUACAAUUACUUAAUGUCUUCUUCAAAAUCUUUCCUAGAGGUUCUUGACGUGCCCGGCCUAGUCGGCCGUGACCGAUACAACCCACGAAUGAGUCCCACAAUUCAGUUUCAUCAAUGGCGAAAAGGCGCCCAGUGGUUCCAGAUUGAUCGAGAUCUUGCCCAUGAGCUAAUCUCAGACCUAAAUUAUUUCUCCACAUUUCAAAGAUUUUGCAAUGGCUUGUGCUUCGGUGAUGAGCAUUACUUGCCAUCUUUUGUUACUGUGAGGCUUUGGAGGAAGUUUUCAAACAGAACUUCGACUUGGAUUAAUUGGUCAAUGGGUGGGGCCCAUCCCUUUGGGUUUGGGGAGAUGGAAACCACUAGGGAGAAUUUGGAGUGGUUGAGGAGUUAUGGGAAUGAAGGAUGUGAAUUCAAUGGGGGAACUAAUAUUUGCUUCUUGUUUGCUAGAAAGUUUCUGCCUUCUUCUUUGGAUAGUUUGAUGAGGAUUGCUCCUCAUGUCAUGUCAUGCAAUUUUAAUUUACUAAUACAAGUUUAUGCUCUCUAA